UCGGUCAGUCAGUCGCAGGCCAUCUGCGGAACACUACACUAUUACCACACAGAAUGCGUUUGCUUGCCACCCUAGCGGCGGCCACGGUGCUGCAGCUGGCCUGGUGCGCGGAGUACCUCCUACCUGGCUCCGUGGUGCCUCUGCACUACGACCUGAAGUACGCCUUCGACAUAGAUCCGAACACCAACUUCAGUUUCUAUGGCGUCGUUGAUAUUUUGCUCAACGUGAAAAAAUCAACAUCGAAGAUAGUACUCCACGCCAAAGACUUCACAGUUUCCGAAGAUGGCAUUAGCAUCAUGGGUUCUCAACUCUACAAGGUUGUAGGGACCAAGAUCAAUGACACCUAUAACUUGAUGACGAUAAACCUGGAUGGGCAGCUGGUGGAAGCUGAGAACUAUACGUUGACGAUACCGUUCUAUGGACACCUGAAGCCGGGGUUAGAUGGGGUCUACAUUAGUACUUAUGUCAAUAAGCAGACGAGUGAGAAAGAGUACCUAAUAGCGACUCAGUUCGAGGCCAUAUCGGCCCGCAAAGGGUUCCCGUGCUUCGACGAGCCGAUGUACAAGGCUACCUACACCAUAACCAUAGGACAUCAUAAGGACUUCACCGCUAUAUCUAACAUGCCUCUGGAAAGGGCAUCUGAGGAAAGUGCAAUUGCAGACACGUGGUCAUGGAAUGAAAUUGAGAAUGCUUUCAAGAAACCGAAGUCCGACUUCAUGUGGGACACAUUCGAGAAGUCGGUGCCCAUGUCCACAUACCUGGUGGCCUUCGUGGUCUCCAAGUUCUCGUACGUGCAGAGUCCUGCAGACCUGUCCACUACGAAGUUCAGGAUAUGGGCCAGGAAUGAUGCUAUGGAUCAGACCGCCUACGCCUCAAUAACCGGUCCCAAAGCGUUAUCCUACUUCGAGGAGUGGUUCAACGUGUCCUACCCGCUGCCGAAGCAGGACAUGAUAGCCAUCCCGGACUUUGCAGCCGGGGCCAUGGAGAACUGGGGCCUCAUCACCUACAGGGAGACGGAACUGCUGUAUGAUGAGAAACAGUCCUCGUUUUUAAAUAAGGAGAGGGUUGCUGAGGUAAUAGCCCACGAGCUAGCCCACCAGUGGUUCGGCAACAUCGUCACCAUGAAGUGGUGGUCAGACCUGUGGCUGAACGAGGGUUUCGCGACCUUCGCAGCAUCAGUGGCCGUCAACCACGUGGAGCCCACCUGGUCGGCAGACAAGAGUUAUGCCGCCGAUAAUAUGCUGUCUGUGUUGAAUCUUGAUGCUUUGGAGUCUUCACAUCCUGUGUCAGUCCCCAUCGACGACCCGAAGCGCAUCUCUGAGAUCUUCGACGAGAUCUCGUACAGGAAGGGCUCCACGCUCAUCCGCAUGAUGACCAUGUUCCUGGGCAAUGAGAUCUUCCGGAAGGCUAUUAAUAACUACCUCCGCAAGUAUUCCUACAACAACGCGGCCCAAGAUGACCUGUGGCGCGAACUGACGGCAGUCAGCGAGCAGUACGGAGUACUACCCAGGAACGUCUCCGUCAAGGAUAUCAUGGACACCUGGACCACCCAGACUGGGUACCCCAUACUGACCGUCAACAGGGAUUAUGAGGAUAAGAGUCUGACUGUACAGCAGCGGCGUUACUUCUCAUUAUCCGCCAAAUCAUCAACCCGCGUAUCCUGGUGGGUGCCGCUCAGUGUACUAUGCGAGCCCGAGGCCCGGGGCAAAGCCCCCGCGCUGCAGUGGCUCGCCGACACCGAGGGGGGCGAAACCCUGCAGAGGUUCACCCACGCCUCCGAUAGAGACCAGUGGGUGCUCUUCAACUAUGAUAUGAUCGCGCCGUACCGCGUGAACUACGACCCUCGCAACUGGCAGCUGCUGACCGCCGCGCUGAAGUCGCCCGACUACAGCCACGUGCCGCUCAUGGGCAGGGUGCAACUCCUGUCUGAUGCAUUCGCGUUAGCAUGGACCAACCAUCUGGAUUACAAUACUGCGCUCAACCUCGCCAGUUACCUUCAACGCGAAAAGGAAUACCUACCUCUCUCCACGGGUCUCAAGGCCCUCGCCAAGAUCGAGAACGUUCUGAAACGCACGCCGGACUACGGCGCCUUCCAGAAGUUCGUGCGGAAACUGAUCGGAGAGACGUACGAGAGGGCCGGAGGAAUGGCAGCCAAGAAGAUUCUUAAUGCUAAAGAUUUGAACAGUGUUAAGAUGCAGGUAACAACAAGCGCGUGGGCAUGCCGUAUGAAGGUGCCCGGCUGCGAGGAGAACGCCAUGCAGCUGUUCCAGCAGUGGAUGGACACUGAGAACCCUGAUGAGAACAACCCCAUCCCGCUGGACCUGCGGCGCACGGUGUACUGCGUGGGCGUGGGGCGCGGGUCGGUGCUGGCGUGGCGCUUCGCGCUGGCGCGGGAGCAGCGCGCCAACGUCGCCGCCGCGCGCGACGCGCUGCUGCAGGCGCUCACCUGCACCAGGGAGAUAUGGAUACUGGCGCAAUACCUAGAGUGGACCAUAACAGAAGGUUCAGAAGUACGUCGCCAGGACGCGGGUGCCGUCAUCGCGAACAUCAUCCGCUCGCCAGUAGGAUACUAUGUAGCUAAGGACUUCGUGUACGAGAGGAUUGACGAUAUUUAUAAUGCUUUCAAAGGUCAAGCUCGCCGCAUAGGACACAUCAUUAAGAUUCUUUUGGAUCAGUUCACGACGCAGUCUGAACUCGAUAACUUCCUGUCAUGGCGCGAUAAGAACGCCAAGUACCUCGCGGAGUCUAAGCUGAGCGUGGAACAAGCCAUCGAGAAGGCGCAGGUGAACAUCAACUGGAUCUCCAAGAACAGGCGAGCCGUCGUCGACAAGCUGCGGGAGUUCUCCACGUAAGGAAUUACUGCAUGGCCUUAGUUUAUUGCCCAGUUUUACAGGUCACUGAUAGUCUCUGAUAGUCUGUCAGGAACUUGACCGACAGAUAAACAAUCUAUAACUUUUUAACCGACUUCCCAAAAAGAAGAAGGUACUCAAUUCGUCGGGAUCUUUUUAGUUUCAAAGGUCUCUAAUAUCUGGUAGAAAUUAGAAAUCUUUAUCUGGCAUUAACUAUCAGAUAAAUAAGUGACACUUUAUUGGUAACCAGUGAAACUCGGCGUAACUGUAGGGAUUCGUCAGGGGGAAAAAUGGAGGAUUAGAAAGUAUUAAUACAAGAAAUAACACGAGUGAUUUUUCCCCUGAUAAAUAGUAAUUUCGUUCGACAAAGUUCGUUUGACAAAGAAAGGCAAAAUCUUUUGAACCUGUAAAAUGCUUUGUAAAGUAGACCUAAGUAGCUAGUUUAAGUAGACAUGUAUUAAUUUGUAUGUACUUAAUGUGGCUGCUUUUUGUCGGAAAAUUAAGGCUUUAUGACUUUGGCUAGUUUUCACUUUGUAAAAUAUCGUGACACAAUUGACGAUAAUUCGUAAAAAAAAAAAUAGUGAAGUCAGCGUUUUAAUAAUGGCGAUUUUUUACAAAGCUGGAAAACUGCUUUUGUUCAGUUACCACAAAUACCAACUAAAUUGUAAGACGGUAAUAAAACAUGUGGAAUAGGUGUUAAAAAUAGCAUCGUUAUCUAUCCUUUUAUCUUUCACUGCACUCGUAUUUCCAAUAUUCUAAAAAUGAUGUUAUUUCUGACACCAAUUCGCAAAGGUACUUAAACUCUAGCCUAGAACAAAAAAAAAAUAGUUGCAGAUUUUUAUUUGUAACAAAAAGUAGUUAGAAAAAUCGAUUUAUAUAACAUUUAGUUUAUUUUUAGUCCGCGUCGGCAGCCUGCGAUUGCGUGGAAGGGACAUCCUAGCUUCAUGAAUUCUAUAUUCGCUAUACACAACAUUUCUAAAGAGAGAUUGAAACCAUUUGCGUAUUACGUGGGAAAAUAAAAUUAAAAUAAACUUAAACUUGACUGUGAUAUUGACAGUAUGAAGGGAUAAAGUUCAACUGAGUUACUAGUCUCGAGUUUCUACGAAGCAGCCAAAAUAGGGGAAUCAUUUUCCGAACUUGGCUGCACUCUACCGUGCACGUUUUAAAAACGCUUUAGAAUUUGUUCUUUUUUAAUACCCUGCAGACAGACCUAUGUUUUCUUUUGCUUACUCAAAUUUUGCACGCUUUACAUGUUUUCACAAUUUUAUUUUUUUACGUUAUACGCAAGCCUUACUUCUGUAUUAUUUUACCUUUAAGUUUUAGAUGAAUCUUAGUAGGAAAAUCCAAUGAAUUAUGUUUUGUUUGUAUUUUUUUAUUUAUCAAAUAUUAUGUUUGUUAUGUGAAAAUAAUAUUUUAAUUCUAUUUUAAAUACUUUUAAACUAGGAAUGGUUGAGAAUACUGUUGGCAUAAUUUUGUAUAGUUAUUUAUUGUGAAUAGCAUAAUAACUCCGUCCAGUACAAGGUUUAUAAUGAUAUUGAGAACAAUCGUUACUUAAUUCUUAAAAAUAGAAUUAAAAAUAAAUGUGUAAUUAUUUUA